CUCCCGGAAAUAGUUUUCUAUGUAUAUCAAUCAGUGUACGAGGGCAUUGUUCUGUAAUUUAGGAAAUUGUAACAAAACAAGUUUAUAACUUCAUAUUUUAUGUUGUGUUUCAAAAAAAAAAAAACUUCAUAUUUUAUGGAAAUCUUUUAUGUUUGGUAUUUUAUUUAAGUUUUCCUUUUAUUUCUUGUAUAACAACUUUCUUCAUGAGCUAUUAGACCUCUUGUAGAAGAUGAAUAAACCUGUUCUCUGAGUUUUCUCUAAAUUCUGUGAUCAAAAUCAAUUUUUAAUUUUGUGUUCAUACCAGAACCGUGUUUAGAGCCUUUUAAAAAAGGCAUUCGCCUAGGGUCCCCAAAUUUUGUAGAAAUUUUAGGGUCUCAAAUUAUAAAAAAAAUACUUUUACAUGGUAGUUAACAUAUUCUAUUAGUUAGAUUUUUAUUUUUAUUUGAAUUUAAAUUGGACUUCUAUUUAAAGUAACUAGGUUUGUAAUCAUUUUUGCUAUAUUUUAAAUAAAACUAUAAAGAUUCUACUUCUAAAAAACUGUAAAUAUUUGAUCACAUUGCUCUUUUUUUAUAUGCUAUGAGUUAGAUUUAUUUUAUAUAUUUAUGAGAAUUUGAUAAAGAAAAUAUAAUAUUUUCAAUAUAUAGUUUAUUAUAGUUAAUUUAAAUGUUAAGAUUUAUAUUUUUGACAGCUACCAACAUUUCAAUCAAAAAUUUAUAUCUUUGUAUUUAUAUUACAAAUUCAUACUUUUUGUUCAUGAUUUAAAAUUUUAUUUUAUAAAAUUUUGGUGAAGAAAAUUUAAAAAACGUUUAUGUAAUACUUCAAAACUUUUGAGUGUUAUAUAUAUAUAUAUAUAUGUUAUUAAAAAUAUAUCAUGUAAAAUAUAUUUUUGAAAUCGCCUCGGGCCUCCGAAAACCUUCGCACGGCACUGGUUCAUACGAUAGUGUUAAGUAAAAAAAGAUUGAGGACAGUUUAGCUCAUACGUUGUCAUUACGUUUGUCUUUUCAACAUUACGGUGUAAUUACGUUCGAUUAAUAAGCCAGUUUGGACUGAAGUGAGAACUUUAACCUAUCUUUUUAUACCAGCGAAAAAAUUGACCUAUAUAUAACUUUAGCGUAUUAAUCGUAUAUUCAUAAUCCAACCAAUAUUUUCUAAUAAUCGGAUUAUAUAUAUAAACCCAAAGUUCUAUAUCCGCCCCGGCGUUUCCAGACUUUAAAUGUUAACGUGGACUCAUAUUUUUAAUUAUUGGUUUGAAUAAUACGAUCAAAUUGAUUUGCCAGCAUCUGAAAGUUGAAAACUAUCUCCCACAUUACUAUAUUAGUAUAUAACAGUGACGACAUCAUCAGAAAGUUGACUUUUCACAUUUGGACAGCGAAUUUUUUGUCUUUUCUUAGACCUCAACAGGCCUCAACACAGGGAACAGUGGGAACGUCAGCAAGAUUGGUUUAUACAAGUACCAAUAAUAUGGUACGGCAACUAUGGUUCAUGCACAUAUAUUACCUACACGUAUAUCGGCUCCUUGUCCUCUACCAAGUACAAUAUACGCAUGUCUACCUAUCAAUUCCCUAGGGUCCAUUUGCUCCUUUAUAUAUAAAAUUCGAAACUUAUUCUAAAAAUAAGUAGGAUUUUUUUUUUUAAAGUUUUAACUUUAUAUCUAAGAACUUAUAAUAGUUAAAUUUUGUAAAUUUAUGGGUUUUGUCUUCUUUUUCUCUAAACAAACCAAAUAUGUUUUUGUUGUUGUUAAAGUAAACCUUUAAAUUUGGGGACAUUCUUUCAUUUGACUGGUUAAUAUGCAUAUUAAGUGUCACUUAUUAUACGUAUAAGUCUAAUGGUGGGAUGUAAAACUGCUAAUGCCGAUCAAAUUAUAUUACAUGGCGUAGAUGGUUGUCCACUUGGGCUUAUAAUCAUAUGUCAGGUGGUAUAUAUAUGAUUAUGCAGUUUUCAAGUAUUACAAUAAGUGAUCGUAUUGAAAGGUAAGAGACAACUAAUAUGCAGCUAAGGCCACGAUAAAUUCGAUCCGAGAGACAGCAAUUAUAUUACUCAAUAAAUCAUAAUUAUUCAUAUCCUUGAUAACAUACGAUAUAGACACUUACAUUGACACCCAUCAAAUUAUUAGUCUGACUGUAUAAUUAUUGAGAAUUACAAUGACAGCACUUUAUCAUAAUGAAUAGAAAUGUAGAUUUUAAUGAGUAGCGUGAUGCCUAUGUGAUUGUUCCCCUUCCGUGAAAAGAGUGCGAGCUUGAUAUUUUGAAUGCAAGAUUGUAACAAAGUAGUCAUUGAACCAAGUGGAAACUUGUUGUGGUACCACUUGCAUAUAAAGUCUUCAAAUUCACAAGGCGGAUUAAAGUGUUAGGAUUCGAGAACUGUGACAACCGAAAAAAAAAACGAAUACAUGAAGUUCCACGGACUAACAACAAUCUCAUAUAGUAUAAUCUAAUAAUAUUUGUGGUUUUAGUUUAAACAAUCUUAUGGGUGGUCUACAGUAAGACUACAGAUGAGAAACGGUAUAGAGAGUAAUUAAGCCUCUCCAAGUUUAUGUCCGACCUCAGCUAUUCAUGAACCUUACGAUCCUAAAUCACAUAUGUUAAUAAUCGAAAGUCUGAAAGUUUAUAUAGUUAAUACGUUAGUAUAUUAUAUUCUAUUUAGAUAUGUCUAAAGGAUUCAACAUAAACAGUGAAUUAUGAACCAGAAGAGAAGGAUAGAUUGUCAUUUAAGAAAUAGACAACCUUUCGGAUAAGCGAGGGGACUAGGCAAUAGAUUCCUCCAAAAUAAUACCUUAAAAUUGUUGUCGUAAAAAUAAUAAUAAAAAACUCUAAUAAAUUGUUAGUUAGCCGUUGAGAAUCUCCAAGGAAUGCAUUUUUCAAAUAUGAAUACUAUAUAAGCCCUACGUGUAAUCUCUAGACAUCAAUAAACACAAACUUGAAUCAAAUAUCAACUUGUAAAGGAACUUAGACCAAUGGGGGAUUCUACUGGCGAGCCGGGAAGCUCCAUGCAUGGAGUCACCGGUAGAGAACAAACUUUCGCUUUCUCGGUGGCUUCACCGAUCGUCCCUACCGACAAGACGGCAAAGUUCGACCUGCCGGUGGACUCGGAGCAUAAGGCAACGGUUUUCAAGCUCUUCUCCUUCGCCAAACCUCACAUGAGAACGUUCCAUCUCUCGUGGAUAUCUUUCUCCACAUGUUUCGUCUCGACAUUCGCAGCUGCACCACUUGUCCCCAUCAUCCGUGAGAAUCUCAACCUCACCAAACAAGACAUUGGAAAUGCUGGAGUUGCCUCGGUCUCGGGAAGUAUAUUCUCUAGGCUGGUGAUGGGAGCUGUAUGUGAUCUUCUAGGCCCACGUUACGGAUGUGCCUUCCUUGUGAUGCUUUCCGCGCCAACGGUGUUCUCGAUGAGCUUCGUGCAUGAUGCUGGAGGCUUUAUAACGGUGAGGUUCAUGAUUGGUUUCUGCCUGGCGACGUUUGUGUCUUGUCAAUACUGGAUGAGCACUAUGUUCAAUAGUCAGAUCAUUGGUCUUGUGAACGGGACAGCCGCCGGAUGGGGUAACAUGGGUGGUGGCAUAACACAAUUGCUCAUGCCUAUUGUGUAUGAAAUCAUAAGGCGUUGUGGUGCAACAGCCUUCACGGCCUGGAGGAUUGCCUUCUUUGUCCCUGGAUGGUUGCACAUCAUCAUGGGAGUCUUGGUGCUCAAUCUAGGUCAAGAUCUUCCUGAUGGCAACCGAAGUGCCUUGGAGAAAAAGGGAGAAGUUGCCAAAGACAAAUUUGGAAAGAUUAUGUGGUACGCCGUUACAAACUACAGGACCUGGAUCUUCGUUCUUCUCUAUGGAUACUCCAUGGGAGUUGAGUUGAGCACUGAUAAUGUUAUCGCCGAGUACUUUUUUGACAGGUUUCACUUGAAGCUCCACACAGCCGGAAUCAUAGCAGCAUGUUUCGGUAUGGCUAAUUUCUUUGCUCGUCCAGCAGGAGGCUAUGCGUCUGACCUUGCAGCAAGGUACUUCGGUAUGAGAGGAAGGUUGUGGGCGUUGUGGAUCAUUCAAACGCUCGGUGGUCUCUUCUGUGUCUGGCUCGGCCGCGCAAACACCCUCGUUACUGCUGUUGUGGCUAUGAUCCUCUUCUCUUUAGGAGCACAAGCCGCUUGCGGAGCCACCUUCGCAAUCGUUCCCUUUGUUUCUCGGCGAGCCCUUGGUAUCAUCUCAGGUUUAACCGGUGCUGGAGGAAACUUUGGGUCAGGGCUCACACAGCUCAUCUUCUUCUCGACCUCAAGGUUCACAACCGAACAAGGAAUAACAUGGAUGGGAGUGAUGAUAGUUGCUUGUACGUUGCCUGUGACUUUAAUCCACUUCCCUCAAUGGGGGAGCAUGUUCUUGCCUCCUUCUAAAGAUCCAGUCAAAGGUACGGAGGAGCACUACUAUGCUUCAGAGUGGAAUGAGCAGGAGAAGGAGAAGAACAUGCAUCAAGGAAGCCUCCGGUUUGCUGAGAACGCCAAGUCUGAGGGCGGCCGCCGUGUCCGUUCUGGUGCUACGCCGCCUGGGAACACACCCAACAAUGUUUGAUCACACCGAUGAUCUGUCAAGAAAAUCAAUAAUUUCACUAAUGUUAAAUGGAAAUAAACAGUGGAAAAUAAAAAUAUAUUUCUUUCUUUAUAUGCUUUUCUUGUGUUUUGCCUUUUGUUUUUGAGUUUUGUUACGCUUGUAUAUUUUGUAUGCUUGUAACGAGUGUUUUAAAACUAAAAAACUCCUUUUGAUUGAAGUGUUUGUACGUAUUGGGGAAUUUUACUAAAAGUCUAUAAAUUAGGAUUUUAAUAAUACAUACGUAAAUGUAAAUGCCAUUGUUCUCCGGAUCACAAAACGUAAAGUCGUUCAUUCAACUAAACAUAUAAACUGAUGCUUCUUGUUGUCCAAGAAGAAGAUUAAAAUACUAUGUGUCUAAGAUGUGUACACAAUACUAAAAAUUAACUUUUGAUGCCUGUUAAUAUUAUAUAUAGAACAUCACACGUUAUUACAUAACCUUUCGUCUUACUUCCACUAUAUAAAAAACAUCUCCGUCUUCAUAGAAGUCAUUUAUAAUGUUUUUUCAACUAAAAUGUCAACUUAGGCAAUUGUUUUUCGCAAAACAGUUGUGUUUUCAUACGUACAAAAACCAAAUCAAAAUGUCAACAAUAACAACUAAGCUAAAUUUAAGAUAGUAGAGUAGGUAAAAAAAUUAUAACGAACGCAGUCAGA